GACAAGAAAGAUCCACAUUUUCUUCUCUUCUUUUUUGCUUUCUUCAAGUUUGAUUCUCUCAUUUCUUCCAAGUUCCAACGUUCUUUCCUUUUUUUCUUAUUUUUUUUCUUUGUUUUUUCCCCUACUUCUGCACUUGCUGUGUUUCCUUUUGCAAAUGGAAACAACUUCAUCUAGGUCCAGUAAUAAGAAAGAUCCUGGUUGGAAAUAUAAUUCUUUGAAGGAUCCUAGUAAACCCAAUUAUGUUACCUGCAAUUUUUGCAAUAAAACAACUACUGGGGGAAUCAAUCGAGCAAAGCAACAUCAGAUGGGGCGUUUGGGUAAUGCUACAGUUUGUCCAAAAGUCCCACAAGAGGUUAAGGAAGAGCUGUGGAAUUAUUACAACGAGAAAAAGUCUCAAAAAUCCACCGGCUCCUUAGGUUCUUUUCAGAUGUUUAAUUAUUUAGAAGAUUGUAGAAUCGGUGAUGAUGAUUUGGAUGAGGUUGAGUUAGUUGAGUUUAAUGCAAGUGGUAAACGGUUGUUGACUGCAAAAUUUGGGGCUAUAAUGCAGGGUAAUGGGAAGAAAACCAAAGGCCCGAUGGAUUUGUUUUUGAUGAAACCAGAAACUAUAGUUCAAAAAAGAAAAGAAAGCAAAAUGAGGCAAAUGAGUAUAAAAGAUAGUGAUCCAGAAGCAAGAGCUAGGACAGUUCAGUAUAUAGCUAGAUUUUUUUAUCAAGCUGGGAUCCCAUUUAAUGUAGCACGUUUAGAUAGCUUCAAAUAUAUGGUAGAAGCUAUUGGGAGGUAUGGUCCAAAUUUAAAGCCUCCUAGUUAUCAUGAGUUGCGGGUUCCAUUGUUGAAAAAGGAAUUGCAGCUUACAAAUGAUAUGCUAGAGGAUCACAAGAAGAAAUGGGCAAAGUAUGGUUGCUCAAUUAUGUCUGAUGGUUGGACAGAUAGAAGACAAAGAAGUAUAAUUAACUUUUUGGUGAACUGUCCAGCAGGCACAAUGUUUGUAGAAUCUGUUGAUGCAUCUUCUUACAUGAAAACAGGGGAUAGAUUGUAUGAGUUACUUGAUGCUUUUGUGGAGAGAAUUGGAGAGAAAAAUGUCAUUCAAGUGGUCACUGACAAUGGCAGCAAUUAUGUCUUGGCAGGCAAAUUGCUACAAGCUAAAAGAAAGAAUUUGUUUUGGACUCCAUGUGCAGCACAUUGUGUGGAUCUCAUUUUAGAGGAUAUUGGAAAGCUGCCAAUUAUAAAAAGAACCUUAGAGAGAGCCAUUUUUCUAGUUGGGUUUAUAUACAACCACACCUCUGCCUUAAGUUUGAUGAGAACUUUCACAAAAAAGAAAGAAUUAGUUAGGCAUGGGGUCACUAGGUUUGCUACAACCUAUCUUACUUUGGAAAGGGUUCACAAGCAAAAGCUUAACCUUAGAAAGAUGUUCACAUCAGAUGAGUGAAUGAAAAGCAAGUUUUACAAAGAAGCUAAGGGUAAAAGGGCUACUGAUGUUAUCUUGAUGCCUUCUUUUUGGAAUGAGAUUGUGUAUGCCCUUAAAGUUAUGGGUCCUUUAGUGG